UACUGUGCUGAGAAUUUUCGUAUUAAUAAAAUCCAAUAUAAAUAAUUUUAAGGCCGUAGAGAAAUAAAGUGUAUUAAAGAAGUUCUCGUGUUCAAAUUGUGCAACGGUAACUUUUAAAAUCGACUUCAAAAAAGUGUUAAUAGAGAGGGCAUUACCAAAAGCAGCGGCGGGCGAAAAAAGAACCAAAUACGAAGAACUGUAUACAUACAUAUGUGUGCUCCUCCGUACUUGUCGUGUGUGUAUACAUCUACGCUCGCUGGAAUUAGGCGGUGGUAAAUUGUGCAUAAAUUGUUUCUAAAUAAUUCGGAGGUUACAAACGCGAACACGUAUACAAAUUGCCAAUUUUAAUUGCAACAAUAAGAAGUAAAAGCUACUUUGUGUAUCGGUGCUCAUUUAUUUCCAAGUGCAUUCAACUUGACGAUUAUCCCACGCCACAAAAAAAUAACAACAAUAUGGGCUGCACUACCUCCGCCGAAGAACGCGCUGCCAUACAACGAUCCAAGCAGAUUGAGAAAAAUCUAAAAGAGGAUGGCAUUCAAGCAGCGAAGGAUAUUAAGCUCUUACUACUUGGUGCCGGCGAAUCGGGCAAAAGUACAAUAGUGAAACAAAUGAAAAUCAUUCACGAGAGCGGCUUCACUCCCGAGGAUUUUAAACAGUAUCGACCAGUUGUCUACAGCAACACAAUACAAUCAUUAGUUGCAAUAUUGCGCGCCAUGCCAAAUCUUAGUAUUCAGUAUAGCAAUAAUGAACGAGAGAGCGACGCAAAAAUGGUCUUCGAUGUGUGCCAACGCAUGCACGAUACCGAACCCUUCUCAGAAGAACUGCUGGCUGCCAUGAAACGACUUUGGCAAGACACUGGCGUACAGGAAUGUUUCUCGCGCAGCAACGAAUACCAAUUGAAUGAUUCCGCUAAAUAUUUCCUCGAUGAUUUGGAUCGGUUAGGCGCAAAGGAUUAUCAACCGACCGAACAGGAUAUCCUGCGCACUCGUGUAAAGACCACCGGCAUUGUCGAAGUGCACUUCUCGUUCAAAAAUCUCAACUUCAAAUUGUUUGAUGUGGGCGGCCAACGUUCUGAGCGCAAGAAAUGGAUACAUUGCUUUGAAGAUGUUACAGCGAUUAUAUUCUGCGUGGCCAUGUCUGAAUAUGAUCAGGUCUUGCACGAAGAUGAAACUACGAACCGGAUGCAAGAGUCAUUAAAGCUGUUUGACUCCAUUUGCAAUAACAAAUGGUUCACAGAUACUUCAAUCAUAUUGUUCUUGAACAAGAAAGAUUUAUUCGAGGAUAAAAUACGCAAAAGUCCCCUUACAAUUUGCUUCCCCGAAUAUACAGGCGGUCAAGAGUAUGGAGAAGCAGCUGCCUAUAUACAAGCUCAAUUCGAAGCGAAAAACAAAUCAACCUCGAAAGAAAUUUACUGCCACAUGACGUGCGCAACAGAUACCAACAACAUUCAGUUUGUUUUCGAUGCUGUUACUGAUGUCAUCAUAGCAAACAAUUUGCGCGGCUGUGGUCUAUACUAAGGAGCGGAAUUGGAGCAGCCGAACCCCUUCUAUACACGUAUUAGCAGCGCGGGAGCACAACAACCCACCAGCAUUGAUCAAAAACGAGUUAUGACAGAUUCAACACGACAGCCCAAAGAACUUGUAUUUGUUUAGAUAAGGAAAUCCCAAAAAUGAUGACUACAAUUGAUGCAGCAGAACAUGAACACAAACACAAACAGAAACAGAAACGGAGACACAAACACAGGAAACGGCAGUUAUUUAAAACGCAUUUGCAUCGUAUAGGAUUACAUUACAUGCAAGUACGAAACAGGCGCUUAAACCAUGUAUAAACGCACAUUUAUGACAUGCUUUAUACACGCACACCGACAAACAUACAUACACGUACAUAAAUAAUAAUAACAACCAUGCACACUAUUUACAUUAUUUAUGCCAUCAACGAUGCAUUGCCAUGUCCUUGUACAAGUUAUGAACGUACUAUAAAUGUAACGAUGUAAUGAUACAGCAAAUGAACAAACCAAAAAGAAACACUCUAACAUUUAAGCCUGAUUAACGAUAAAGCUGAUAUAAAGUGAAAUGCGAAAGCACACAAGCUCUAUCUCUAUUGUAUUUACAAUGAAAAAGAAACAAAAAAACGAAAAACGAAAUUAUACAUAAAUGUUAAUAAGUAACUAUAUAUGAUUAUAAAUGCGUUCCAGCCGUCUCACAUAACUUUCGUAAAAUACCAGCGCCAGCCGGUCAAGUGUUGACUUUAUUUUUUGCGAAAUAAAUGUAAAUCAUAAUUCGACGAAUCUGUAUAGAACCUAUGCUGGUUGUUCUGUAUCGAGGCGAAUAAAAAAUAAACAGCUUUUCACUAUUCAGUGAAGGGUUUCAUAAUAUGUAUACACAGUAUGAAAGAAAAAAUAGGCAGCAGCGGACAAUGAAGAAAAACAGAGGAAUGAAAAGAAAACCAGUAUACCACCUUGCAGUGCAAUGUCAAAUAAACGCACACAAACACACACUAAUACAUUACGCACACAUUUGAGAACUCUUUGAUUGUGUACGUCAUUAUACAAUAUUAUGUAGUUAUAGCAUAGUUACCUAUUAUUUGUUCAAUUUAUGUUGCAAUGUCAAAUAUGCGCGCACACAAACAUACACAAACACACACACACAUCAAAACUAUCUUUAAUUUGUAAUUUAUUAUGAUCUAAAUAUAGUAUAAUUCUCUAUAAUUUGUUGCAUUUAUGUACAUAGCAACGUCGACUUUAAAAGUAUUCAACAUAACCAUGGGUUAUCGCACAAUAUUAGGUUUGCUCUCUUCUAUAAAUUGUCACUUCAUGCAGUCUUGCAGCGUCCUUUGGUCACAGCAAAUAAUUAUAAUUAAUCUUUUAAUUGAUUCUAAUGAUUUAUACAAAAUAAAACGAUUACUGUUAUUAGACAAUUACCCAGUUAAUUAUAAUUACGAAAGGCGCUCAACUUGCUAAAAAUAAAUGUGAGGUGCACAAAAAGUAAUAGUACAUGCCUAUAAUACAUAACUUAUUACACAUAAUGCAUACUCAAACAAUUUUAUUAUCAACAUAAUGUGUUUAUUUCCUAAAUUAAUUGUAAUUUAUAUGUAUUUAGCAAAUGGCAUUUAACACGUUAAAGCUCCGCAAUGCUAACGUUAUACAUUAAUUACAUUUAUUACGUAUGCAUGUAUGUAUGUAUGUAUUAUUAUUAUCCUUAUGCAGUCAACGCCCAUGUGCAUUUGAUUUUAUAGCAAAAUGUACUCCAACACUUUAAUUUUGCAUAUUAUUUAUUUAAAAACUAAUUAUUUAUGGAUAUGCCGAGAUCUUCCGCUCAUUAUCUGAUUCUUUGCCAGCCCGAUUGUUUGACAAAAGUCUCAAUAUUGUAUUUAUCUAUUAAUGCUUCAAUAUUUAAAUGCAAUUAUAUUUUUAGUAAAUGCAGUGUAACUCACGAUUCUAUGUUUAGUAGCGAAAUAACACAUGUUUAAUUAAAUAAUUUAAUUGAUACUGUAUGUUUAAAUAAAAGUAAAUGCAAUCGGCCCAGUGUAAUUUAACAAACGUAAAAUAGCAUUUCAGUAAACUCUAUAAAAACAGAUAUAAGGUUACGCAUUUAUUUGAGUACUGUAUCAUAGGGUUUAGCAUUUUUACUUAAAAUGAACUAAAGAAUCACACUUACCGCACACACUGUAAUAUUAAUCUCAUAUGUAUUUUUUGUUCAAAUUGUGAAAUUCAAACAAAAUAAAAUACAUUUUCAAAUAAAACUAUUUUAUUCAAAAACAAAUGAACUACAUAACUUAUUUCGCAUUUGUUGCAGUACAACCUUUUAGUUUUACAAAUUCAUUGCAAUUUAUAUAACUGCUGUGUCAAGGAUUCUAUUUACAUGUGUAUCUAAAUACAGGUGUUAUUAGAAUGGAAGAGGAAUGCAUGGUUUAAAGCGCCCGCAUACGCAAAGAGUGGAUAAAAACAAAAUGAAACGCAUACAAGAAAACACAAAACAUUUGACCAUUUUUACAAAA